CGUAAAAAAGAACAAGAAAAGAAGAAGAAGAGGCCCGCCCAGCCCAGAGGUCUCACUCGACCGACCGACCGACCUCCUCGCCGCCUCCGCCUCCGACCAAGCGGCCGCCCCGCCGGCGCCAGGAAACGGCCGCUCGAUGGCGGCGGCGCCGUACCACCAGCCGACCAGCCUGGAGGAGGUCAGGACGCUCUGGAUCGGCGACCUCCAGUACUGGGCCGACGAGAACUACCUCUACAACUGCUUCGCCCACACCGGCGAGUUACAAUCUGUAAAAAUAAUACGCAACAAGCUAACAAGCCUUCCAGAGGGUUAUGGAUUCAUAGAGUUCAUUUCUCAUGAAGCUGCUGAGAAAGUUCUACAGACUUAUAAUGGCACACAAAUGCCUGGAACUGAGCAUACAUUCAGAUUGAACUGGGCCUCUUUCAGCUCUGGUGAGAGGCGUCCUGAAGCAGGACCUGAUCAUUCAAUUUUUGUGGGGGACUUGGCACCUGAUGUCACAGAUUACUUGCUACAGGAGACAUUCCGUGGGAGCUAUCCUUCUGUUAAAGGGGCUAAGGUUGUCACGGAUCCAAAUACUGGGAGGUCCAAAGGUUAUGGUUUUGUAAAGUUUGCAGAUGAAAAUGAAAAGAAUCGUGCAAUGACAGAAAUGAAUGGUAUGUAUUGCUCAACAAGACCUAUGAGGAUAAGUGCUGCAAUACCUAAGAAAACCACUGGAUCCCAGCUUCAGUAUGGGACUGCUAAAGCCAUGUAUCCAGCAGCAGGUUAUGCUGUUCCACAAGCCCAACCAGUUUUGCCAGAUAGUGAUCCUACAAACACCACUAUAUUUAUAGGUAACUUGGACCUGAAUGUGACAGAAGAUGAACUCAGGCAGAUCUGCGUUCAAUUUGGGGAGCUUAUAUACGUAAAAAUUCCAGCCAAUAAAGCAUGUGGAUUUGUACAAUAUGCAUCUCGUGCAUCAGCUGAAGAAGCAGUACAACGUCUUCAUGGCACAACGAUUGGCCAACAAGUAGUGAGGCUUUCAUGGGGCAGGAGUCCUGCGAGCAAGCAGGAUCAAUCAGCUGUCUGGAGUCAAGCUGAUCCUAAUCAAUGGGCAACUGCUUAUUAUGGCUAUGGAUAUGAUGCAUAUGGAUAUGCUCAGGACCCAUCAUAUGCAUACAGUGCUUAUGCAGGAUAUACUCAGUACCCGCAGCAGGUCGAGGGAGCGACUGAUAUGGCAUCAACAGCUGUUAGUCAUACUCCAGGCAUGGAAAAGGAGGAGGUGUAUGAUCCAAUGAACUUACCUGAUGUUGACAAGCUGAAUGCGUCAUACAUUGCUGUUCAUGGUAGAGCCAUGCUAGGGCGACCAUUAUGGUUGAGAACAUCAUCACUGCCUCAGUCAACUUGAGUGCGCCCAUUUAUUACUCGUCGUCGCCUUUUUGUUGAAGAACGCGAUGCCAGUAGAGCCAAAUGAAUUUCUGCGAUGGUAAUGUUGAGGACUAGAAUAUGGUAGUUGCGAGACAGCGAGAACAAAAAUGUGACAGGCGGACUGACAGCUUCAUUCAUGUAUGUUGAUUUGGCGUCAGAUAUAUGAUUAGGGAACUCCUUAUGUCUAGCUUCUGGCUUCUGAGUGAACAGACUGCAAGUUACUGGUAUGGAAAUCAAACAGAAGGCUUUUCUAUUUCUUGGUCUCGUCAUGUUCAGAAUUUUUUCUGCAACUCUUCCCUGGUUCAUGUUAUGUUUGUAUCUUUACUCCCUUUCUGCAGAAUGUGUGCCCUUUCCAAUUCUUUCGGCGGCCAUGUCCGAUCAAUUAAUUGGUUGAUGUUUCAGGCCACCCUUGAAACAUUGGAUUUCUGGAGGAAGAAUUUUGUAGAAUUCUAAUCCUAUAGGAAAAAAUUCCUAUUCGGUCCUUUGAAACAAAGGAUUUGUGCUUCCAAAAUCUUAUGAAACUCCUUAGGAAUGGUCAUACAUAUGGAUCUAUAUUCUGGAGAAUAGGUAGCAAUAGCUUAAACCCAUUGGGAAUUUUCUUUUGAGUCUAUCUUCCUCGUCCAAUUUAUGUCUUUUCCCUUACUAUCUAUUUAAACAACUAUUCAUGGCUCCUUUAAUAAAAG